UUCAUUAUUAAAUAGUAUUUUUUUUAAAUUAUCCGCUUUGCUUCUUGCAAAUAAAUACUAAUAGCGCCAAGGUAGUUUACUAAUUGCAAAAAUAUCAAGAUGGAUCGCACAAUUAUAGUACCGUAUCGUGCCGAAGAAAAGGAAUUAUCUCACACUUUAUACAACGCUAUUCAGGGUUUAUUUCUUUUGCAUCCACCCACAGAAGAUUUGCGAAAAUGUGUAUCCGAGGAAAUGUUCAUAAAACCCAACCAGCAGGCUUUCUUUCAUAUUAUGCACUAUUUAUUUCGUAUUCUUGAUGCACAGGAAUUUAAGAAACGCUUUUUCUGGCCCAUUACGGACAAACGUUCUGAAUCAAAUUUCCGCACUUGUACCGUAGAAUACCUCAAGUAUAUAAAUGAAAAAUAUCAAUUAAACUGGACCAAUAUAAAAUCAUAUUUGGUGGUCAUGCCAGGAGGUAUGAAGUUUAUUAGCUUCCUCUUGGAUUUUAUAAACUUUAUUGUACAAGAGUUAAUAAAACAAAAGGAAAAGCAAUUAAAUUUGGAUGCUAAUAAUUACCGCCCUCAAGUUUCAGAAGCAAAUUUAUGGAAAAUGUGUGCCAAAAAUGAGGUUUUUAAGGACAUGGCAUCAGAAUUCGUAGACACUGUUGAGAAUAUUAAUAAAAAAUUCGAUGACAAUAGUCAAAAACUAAUGAAACAAUUAGAAAUGCUUUCGCAAGAAACAGGUUUAAGUGUGGACUUGUUAACCGAUGACAAAUUCCUCGAAGAUUUCGAUAAUAGCAAUCAUCAGCUCUUCGAACAACACUACAUGGAACGGACAAAAAAGGUUAUAGAGAUGGAUGGCUUGAUUGCCGAACUAAAGGAGGCAAUGGAUAAAUUUUAUAGCAAAGAAACUGGCUAUAAAUAUGACAAACAACGAAUCUGUGAGCAAUUGCGACGCAUACGUGAUCAUUUUCCAAUUGAGCAGUUAGAGGAAGAAUCUUUCGGCAAUAAAAUUACUGAUGAAGGUGUUAAUAUUAAUACCCUUAUUUGUACAUUCAAUGCUAUUAAUGCAACAAUGAGAAAUGCUUUAAGCAUCGAUGAUCAAAGGCCUAGCGUUGGUGAAGUUGUGUACUCGGGUCUAUUAAAUUUAAAAAAAGAUCUUCAAGCAAAGGAGUCACGAUUAGAUGAUUUUCAAAAAAUGCUAACUACUGCUAUAAAAAAAUAUAAAUCCAAACGUCCACAAACACCUCAUCAUGCCAAUGUACAUGAUGCUAUCAAACGAACUUUAGAAAGCAAUUUAUUAAUGAAAUUGGUUUCCACUCCAUCUAUAAAACUUGUUGCACCUGAGGGUGGGGGUAUACCAAGAUUGGCCCUGGUGGAUUCUAAAACAGGAAACACAAAUGAAACUACUUCUAAUAACUUCUUAGCUCCAUCAUGCUCUACAAGUCGAUCAAAUCGUCACCAUAGUUUGGUGAAUCAAUCAAAUUUGAAUACCACCGUAAACCGAUCGAAAAUAAUUGAUCCCAUGGAAUUGUUACGUUUGACAAAUAAGAAGGAUCCAUCUAAAUAUAAAACAACAACGCCACAACUAAAUCUUUCAAACUUGGGCACAAAGUGGAAGCAGCGUCAGUGUCUUUUCAAUGACGAAGAGACACCUUCUGUGGCAGGUAACCAUAAUUUGGAAGAUCAAUCCAAUUUGAAUACUACCGUAAACCGCUCGAAAAUUAUUGAUCCCAUGGAAUUGUUACGUUUAGCAAGUAUAAGUGAUUCUCCUAAACCUGAAACAACUACUCAGCGACAGUCUCUUUUCAAUGACCAAGAGGCACCCUCUGUGUCAGCCCAUAUGACCAAUGUGGCCAAUACACCUAAAACACAUUUUAAACCCACGAAUAUGAGUAAAACCUCGCCACUAUCGUUGACUAAAACAGCCUCACCUACAAUCUUACACCAAUCACCAUUCACUCCAUUCAAUUCGAAUGAUCGUACACGCAUCGCUCGAUCUCAAUAUCAGUUGGAUACUAGUGGCUUUGGUACUAGUGGAAAUAGCACUGGCUCUACUUAUGUUAAGAAAUUGGCAGCUGUUAAGAAGGUGCAGGAUGCCUCUUUGAAUUUUGCCAAUUUAAGCACUAGUCCUUCUGGCCGUUUAGAACCGUUAGUCACAGCUGAGGACAUGAAUAUUCCCAAGCUGAAACUAAAUGAUAUAUCAUUGAUUGAACACAACUUGAGUUUGAAUAACUCAAUGCUUUUCGAGAAACCAAAAGUUUUGGUAAAUUCUCCAAUCGCCAAUAUAACAAUUAAUGAUGAAAACAAUCCGAACACGAACAACAUUCAAAAUGUCAAAGCAUCGGAUAACAACAAGCCUGAGCCAGACGAAGAGGCUCUUUUUAAUAUAAGUGAUAGCAUUUUAAAAGAUGUUACAUUAUAAUUUCGUUUUAUUUAUAUCAAUACUUAUUAAUAAAGAUUAUUUUAAUAAUAUUUAUCCUAA